GAACCCGAGGCAAGGCCCACUAAACAUGUCGAACCAGGACCCAAAGCCCCACUCUGGACAGGUCAAGAGAAAAGCAGAGGAUGGCCUGGAUGCCACCAAGGAUCCUUGCAUGAAGGUGCGUUGCCCCACUCACAAAGUUUGUGUCAGCCAUGACUACCAGACUGCCAUCUGCACCAACCACAAUCAGCCAACACACAGUGUGAAGCCCCGUAAAGGAAGUCUGGCCCACAAACACCUGGUUGCAGCAGGGGCCCAUGGGACAUGUAGGCCGUGCCCUGUCAUCCACCCCAGCCCAGUGUGUGGCUCUGAUGGCCACACCUACUCCUCCAAGUGUAAGCUGGAGUUCCAGGCGUGUACAUCAGGAAAGGGCAUUUCUCCCAAGUGUGAGGGCCCAUGUCCAUGUCUUCCUGGCCAGGAAGUGGUGAAGUCACACAGUGACAAAAUCGACAAGGCUGCCUGCAGUGAUGCAGACCUCCGGAACCUGGCAUCCAGACUGAAGGACUGGUUUGGGGUUCUCCACCUGGAUGCUAACCGAGAUCUCAAAUCCUCCAACACGGACUCUGCAGCUGGCAGGUUCGACACUAGCAUUCUUCCCAUCUGUAAGGACUCCCUGGGUUGGAUGUUCAACAAGCUAGACAUGAACUAUGACCUCCUGUUGGACCAAUCAGAGCUGGGCGCCAUCUACCUGGACAAGUACGAGCUGUGCAUGAAGCCGCUGUUCAACUCCUGUGACUCCUUCAAGGAUGGGAAGCUGUCCAACAAUGAGUGGUGCUACUGCUUCCAGAAACCUGAUGGUCUGCCUUGCCAGAAUGAGAUGAACAGGAUUCAGGCUCAGGGCCGGCGAAAGAGCCUCAUUGGGGCUUAUAUUCCUCGUUGUUCUGAGGAAGGGUACUUCAAGCCUACCCAGUGCCAUGGCAGCACCGGUCAGUGUUGGUGCGUGGACAAGUAUGGCAAUGAGAUCGCCGGCUCCCGAAAACAGGGCAACCCCACCUGUGAGGAGGACCAGGAGACCUCGGGGGACUUUGGCAGCGGUGGUGCGGUCAUUCUCCUCGACGACCAGGAGGAGGAGCCACCUAAGACUGGGAGGAGCCGGCAGAAGCAGAGGCGUGGCCGGAUCCACCCCCGGGGAACGAUCGAGGAUGACGAGGACGAGGAAGACGACAAGGAUGACGAGAUUGGCUAUGUCUGGUAGCUCCGCCCUCCAUCCAUCCUCUCAGCAACCGACUAGGGACUUCCGUUUCCUCUACGCAGACCUGAAGCCAAUUCAGUCUCUCUUCUGCCCCACCCACCACUCCUCCCCUCAGUCCGCAAUUCUUCCCCCUCUUGCCUUCUUAUCUCUUUUCCUCUCUAUCACUCUUUCCCUUUCUUUUCCCUGCCUUCAACAGAGACUUGUUCCGUUCAGACUGUCCCGUUUCUUCUUGAGCUGUGCUUCUAUUGUCAACUUAAACAUACAGACUCUUGACUACUACUUACAGUAACGUUCCUAUGUCUUGGUUCCUCUCCUCACGCCUCUCUUCUUCUCUCUCUGUUCUCCUCCUCUCUAUCUAAGCCUCUGGUAUGAACAUGACACCAGAGACUAUUUGGAUGUAAAUAGGUUGGCUAACGAGGCUCCAGAUUCUGUCUCUCUCUCUGUCUAGAAUGUUUCUGUCGUCAGUCUCCAGAGUUUUGAGAAAUGUUCUCAGUAACAAGGAACAUAUAAACAAGGAAGUUGUCACAAUGUUGUACACAAAACGACUACAGCACUGAGGCCAUUGACUUCCAUUGAAUUGAGUCCCUGUGUGCCAUGUGUGUGAUGUGUCUGCUGUUCCUUCUUUAUACGUUCCCUUGAUUUACAGGAGGAUUGUGGAUCUUGAUGUCUUUGAGAGACCCAGAGAUUUCCCCGAGUCACAGAGAAGGAUGGUCUGUGUGUUUUCUGCAUGUUCCCUCCUCGACAUUCCACUGAGAACAAGAGGUUGGGUUUGGCUAUAAUAAUUUAUAUGGCGGCAUGGACAGGAUAUAUGAUUCCGCUUCAGUUUGCUGCCAGUGUCCGCGGUAGUCUUUGCUUUUUGCUUUGUUGCUGCCGAAUCUUAAUUUGCUGCUUUGUUUCAUCAAGGUUGUGGGUGGUAGUUUGCUGUCAAUACCAAACACAGGAGGUUUGCCGCUUAGCUGCAAAGAGUACAAAUAUAAUUUGCUACUUUAGGCCCAAAAACACGUCCUGUUUUUGUUUAUACAGAUUCAAUUUCUGGUUUUGGGCAAAUGUCAGACUAUGGACGCUGCCUUGAUCCUGGACCUCUUGUUCUAUCCAUAGAAAGAGAAGCGGUCAUGAGGGAUAACCUUGUGCUUUCAGAAGCCAGCACGAAGAGAAGGGCAUGGGGGAACGCUGUUUAUGCUUUAGCUUUGAAAAAGGAGUCAACACAAGUGUCAGGCUCGGUCUCAAGAAAAAAGAAAAAGAAAAAAAUACUUCGGCAGGCUUUUUUGGUGAUGGAGUUGAGGUUCUGUGGCUACUUAGGUAUAGUAAGUGACUGACUCUAUGCAUUUUUAUAGAUGAGAAACAGGCAGUUAACUCAGUCCAGUGUCAUCAGUUCAUCUCUUUACGAGGUCUCUACCUUGUUUACUCUUACCAGACCACCAGGAGGCAUCUGUUCUUAUUUUAAUACUGGUUAUGAACAUUUAAAAUAUGUUUGAAGGAUGGCCUACUGAUGGUUAAAGCACACAAAUACAAGGUUCAGUGGCAUUUCACUUUGGUAUCCAAACAACCUUGGCUACUCAUCACACGGUUCCACUGCGAGUUGAGUUGGAGGCACUAUUUUAUCAGUUGUUUUUAUGCCGUGUCACUCACAUUCUUGCGGUGGACUGUUACACUGCACUUUUAACAGGGUGAUGAGGCUCUGGGCAGAUGGUUUUUACUUAAAGAAUCUAUUGUGAUAUUCAAUUUGGUCCAUGCCUCCCCAGCCUUCUGCAGGCCACCAAAGACAUCUCUGCUCCUUUCUAGGUUCAGUGACCCUCUCAGCUCUAAUGUCACCAUUUCCCACUGAUACAGACAGAGAUUAUUACCAGAAAAACAAGUUAAUUAAAAAACAGUCUAUCUAUGUCAACCCUGCUUGUUCACAUUCAGAUGCGUUCUCUGUGUGUGUGUUUUCUCUCUUUGCCCCCUUUAUCUUUCUAUUGCUGGUAAACUCCCCGUCUGUGCACUCUCACACAACUUCAAAUUCACUUAAUUGUUCAGGCCGUCCCUUGUGAAUUUGCCUAUUCUCUCUUUCUCUCUCUCUCUCUCUCUCCCCCACUCUCUCUGCCUACUCACGUCCUCCUUUGCCAUCUUUAAACCUCAAACCGGGGACGGGGUGAGUGACUUUUAAAGUGCAAUCUCUUUCUCUCUUUCAUCUCAUUUCCCUUAUUUGAGCUCUUCCGAGGAGGGAGGGAGGGCCAAGCGGUGAUCUAGCCCAUGAUUUAACGGGAUGGGGGGUUGUGGGUAAUGGGAGACCAUUUCACGCCCGUGGAGUCAGGCUUUCAUCUCGUCGAGCUCCCCAAGGAUUGUGGGAAAUCUGCUGGAAGACUUUUGGGAGGAAUGGAAUCUCAGUGGAGGAAAGUGAUGCUGUUUUUGUCUUAUUUUCAUUUAGCCCAAAUCUGUUUCCGGUUCUUUCUUCCCUCUUGUCUGUGAAUUACAGUCUACUCCUCCCUCCCCUUUACUCUCCUUCUUCUCUCUAGCGGCUCGCCUAUCAUAUCAUACUCACAGGUCCUACAGACUUUAUCUUGUGCUCUGUCCUCAGUCAGCCUCUAUGAAAGAGAAUGGAAGAUCAAUGUGGAUCAUGAUCUCCCUUGAUCCCUCUAUUGAUUGAUUGCUCCCUCCACCUUUGAUCCCUGAAAUUGUUUGGUUGUUGAUAUACCUCGUCGAUAACAUGCAUGACGAUCCUUAUGAGUUUUGACCCCGGAUGUCUUCAAACAUUACACAUGACUGUAACAUACUCGUAUUGUGCGUGUAAAAGUCAUUUCUUGUUGUACCUCUGUAAUACCUCACCUGUGGUUGACACCAACCUGGCCUCAACAUACCCCUCUCAUGGUGUCAUCAAUGACCCUUGCCCCAUCCUGAUGUCACAGCUGCCUACCCCCUUUGCCUGGCCUGCUUGUACAAAAAAGUUGAGAACCCCUCGCCACCCAUUGUCCACGUUUCACUUGUUGCUCAAAAGUCAACAGAAGAGCAAUAACCUCUAAUCCCCUUACCUUCUGACAUCACUUCCUCUUCUCAGCAGUUGUUGAAAUGUCCACACGCAGACACACACAAAACGGUUGUACUACGACUGCUACUCCACUACUCAAGAUACGAACAUGAAUGGCCAUAUCUCGCAAAAGUCGUCUUUGUUAAUUCUCUAUAUUUUUUACCUUGUAAAGAGAAAAAAUACUAACGUUUAAGGGAUGUAAUAUAAUGUAUUGCCAUGUGAAGGCACUGUGGCGUUGUCCAGUUGCAUUUAAAAGACUGAGGUGUGUAAAUGGAUUGUCCUUAAUGUAGCUAGGUUCCUGUAGCUCUUUCCAUAGCAUAGUGUAGUAAGGUUUUUGAGUGUAUUAUUUUUGAUUUCCCCUUCUGGAGUUCUAAUGGAAUGUUGAUGUUAUGGGCUGAAAAUAUCUUAAUUUUAUUGUAACAGUUCCACAAUGUUUGUCUGAAUAAAUUUAAGUCUGUCCUGUCCCGUAA